AUUUGCGUCACAGUAGUUGUUUAGUAGUUGCUUAGUAACAGAUUAUAUUGUGUCGUAGCAUAAAGCGCACUGCAGACUUCAUGCACACAAAAUGAACAAACUGCGUGAAAGGCUCUGAGGCAAGGGUAUGAAGUCGGGUUAUAAAAUCGAUGCUCCAAAGAAACACAGCCAAGAAAAGGUGUUUCGUGCCAUCACGGAUGUCUACCGAGAUGAAGGAGGGAAACCGACUUCACACCAAGAGAGCCUUGCCACUCAGGUGGAGAGGGCUGAGAGACUGCUGAAGGGUAGAGCAGAAGGGGGAGACAAGCAGGCCCUUUUCCUGCUGGGACAGCUGUACUAUUAUGAGGGGCGCUAUGAGGAGGCAGAGAGAGUCUUUGACGGCCUUAAGGACAGCGAUCCCAGAGCCCUCUUCCAGCUAGCUGUCAUGUAUUAUGAUGGCCUGGGCACUGCUAUGGAUCAAGCAAGGGCAGUGGACUACAUGAGGAGAGUUGUCCAGUGGAAUAACCCAGAGGCAGGCUCCAUCAGAUACACUGCUCUGUAUCACAUUGGCAUAGCCUACCUGGAGGGCUAUGGGGUCCAGAAAUCCAAUACAGAAGCAGAAAGUUACUGGCUCCUUGCUGCUGAUGAGGGAAACCCCAGAGCCUGUGUAAAAGCUCAGAGUUCUCUGGGUAUGUUCUACUCUAGACCUGAGACACAGGACCUCAAAAGGGCGUUCUUCUGGCACUCAGAGGCCUGUGGCAAUGGCAGUCUGGAGUCCCAGGGUGCACUGGGGAUCAUGUACUUGUAUGGUCAGGGCAUCCAGCAGGACCCCAAGGCUGCCAUUGAGUGCCUGAAGGAAGCGGCUGAGCGGGGGAAUGUGUACGCCCAGGCCCACCUGGCUGCCUACUACUACCACAGGAAGCUCUACUCCAGAGCAGCAGCCCUUGCCAAAAGGAUUACCAAUUACGAUGACAUUGCUGCCAUCGCCAUGGUCACCGACUGCCUGCCUGAAUACGUAAUUAAGGGCGUGGCCAUUGCUCUUUUCUACUACGCCCGAUGUCUGGAACUGGGAAAGGGGGUUCCUCAGAGCAAGGAGAAGGCCUGGCAAUACUUCACUAAGGCUGCUCGGCUAAACCCAGAAGUGUGCCAGGACCUCCAGAGGGACAUCAUCUUUAGCAGAAUGUAGAGAUCCACCACCAUGAGUCCAGAUAGCAGUCUCCUCUGUUGCUUUGAGAUUACUUGAGUAAAUAUCAGACCUGAAUGCUUUGUGUUCAGUGUGUGGGUUUGGUAUGGAUAGGAGUAUGGCGAUUGUGUGCCCAGUGUAAGAACUGUUUAAUAACUACAGACUCCACACAUUAGAAUGGUGUUACCGGUGUUACUCUGCAUGAACUUGGGGUCCUUGAAUUCAGAUACAAAUGUAUAUAAAUUGUAGCAUCCAAAUUCAGAUGGUUUCAAUUUCAUACAAUUCUGAAAAGCUUACAUUGACAAGUGGAUAA